GGCUGCCGGGGAGCCCGCGCCUCCUCGCCGUCUCCCUCAGGGUGCGCGCUCCCGUCGGCGCCUCGCGGGCGGAUCGGCCCGGCCGGGGGUGCCGCCGAAGGCAGGUCGGUGGACGGUGGCAGCUGAACUUCGCCGCUCGGCCGCUGCGCGCCGCGGCGGGGGUUGUUCCGUGGGGCGGCGCGGGAACGGCAGAGCGCUCCCCUCGCCCGGAGCUGCCCGAGGAGCUGCAGGCGCGUCCCUUCCCGCCCGGCGGGCCCUGAGGCGGCAGGAGAGAUGAUACUGUCUGCCCAGGUACGGGACUCCUCUCAGCCCCCCGAUCCCCAGGAUGAGUGGCACAGGUUGUGCAUCACUUCGUUUAUGCUGCUUCACUGCGACUAGCAUGUUUUCAAAGGAACAUGAGGAAGGUGUUCUGUCCAGCCACUAGGAAGGUGUAAGUGGGACAAGUGUGAUGACCGAAACGGUGGAGCUGCCAGCGGAGGGGAAUUCCCUGAUAAGAGCCGUCUACCAGAGCCGACUUCGCCUCACCAGGCUGUUACUGGAGGGUGGCGCCUACAUCAAUGAGAGCAAUGACAGAGGUGAAACCCCUUUAAUGAUUGCUUGUAGGACAAAACAUGUGGACUCGCAGAGUGUCAGCAAGGCAAAGAUGGUUAAAUACCUACUGGAAAACAAGGCUGAUCCGAACAUACAGGACAAAUGUGGAAAGACAGCCUUGAUGCACGCGUGUUUGGAAAAAGCAGGGCCUGAAGUGGUAUCUCUGCUACUGAAAAGUGGAGCUGACCCAAGCCUGCAAGAUCACUCCAAUUGCUCUGCACUUGUCUAUGCCAUAAACUCUGGAGACAAGGAGACCCUGAAAGUUCUUCUUAAUGCCUGCAGGGCACGAGGAAAAGAAGUCAUCAUCAUCACAACGGACAAGUCCGCCUCGGGAAGGCAGAAGACGAAGCAGUACCUAAAUGUGCCUCCUGCAGACCUCGAGGAAUGCUAUUCCCCGACUGCUUGCACUUCCCCAUCAGAAAUAGAACUGAAAACAUCUCCAUCCCCACUUUCAAGUUCAAAUGAAACUAAAAAAGUACUGUUCAGCUUUAAAGAUCUAGAUCAUCCACGAAGCAUGGACAACUCAUCUCAAACAGUUUCACCAACGAGAAAAUCCAGCUCAACAAAAAUAGGGACCAAGCUGGCACAAGUGACACGGCUACAAUCUGAGCCUUGGAUAAAGAGUUCUCCGUCACUGUUUCACCAGAAUAAAAUUGCCUCUUUACAAGAAGAACUUCAGGAUAUUACUCCAGAAGAAGAGCUCUCUUUUAAAAUCAAUGGCCUUGCCUUAUCAAAGAGAUUCAUCACCAGGCACCAGAGUAUUGACAUAAAAGACACUGCUCAUUUAUUGAAAACCUUUGAUCAAACUGGAUCAAGGAAAUUAUCAUAUGAUGAGAUAAACUCUCAGAUUCCUUAUGUUGAAGACAAACAUAACCCCUGUGGGAUUCCUAUGGGUAAGGAUGCCAGUUCAGGACAAAUCAGCUUCAUUUCAAACCUCAGUAGUAUUAUCCAGAAAAGAAAUUCAGGAGCAAAUCACUACAGCUCCGAUUCUCAGUUAACUACUAGUCUAAGUCCUGCUGCUGCAGAAGACAGUAAGUCAGUGAUAGCAAAGAAAAAGAUUCUUUCUCCAUCUCAUUCUCUGUUAUCAAGUUCUAGGGAAGUACUGGAGAACAUGCCUUCUGUUGCUCUGAGCAGGAGAAAUCAAGCUUUUCUAGAAAGGCGGGGUUCAGGAGCCUUAUUGUUGGAUCAUAUUACUCAGGCAAGACCAGGUUUUCUUCCCCCACUGAAUGUGAAUCCUCACCCCUCAAUUCCAGAUACUACUUUCAUAAACAGGGUUUCUGGGAUGAUUUCUUGUGGACAAAAACACUUAGUACCAGCAGCACCUGCGUUUCCUAAGGAGACCAAAAAUACGAAAAUGCUUCUAAGGAGGCAGUCAUUACAGACUGAGCAGAUUAAGCAACUAGUGAAUUUUUAACAGGGGAUUAAAGCGUUGCAAAAUCAUUAAGAUAUGUACAUAUUCACUGCAUUACAUGAUUGUAAUGAUACAUAUCACAAAAGACAGCAGGUCUGUGAUGUAAGGCUCUCUGCCUUGCAAUGAGUUAAAUAGCUUAGAAACUACUUGAAAAGAUAUACUUAACUAAUAAUGCUGCUUUCUGGAAACUGAGGAAUAUUUAUUAUACUGUUUUCAUAAUGAUUUCAACUUCAGCACUGAAAUCUUACCUGUGACAGGCUGAACACACAAUGGGUCUCAGGCACUGCAGUUCUCAUUUUAGGUUGGAAAUGCUAUGCCUCCGAGGUUUCCCCAAACGUGUGCUCUUUCUGCACCAGAAAGGUGGUACAGGUGGGAUUUGGGAAUUUGAAACAUUUGACUGUGAUGCUAGACACCAGACUGACUCUGUCCAAGUUGUGCAAUAUCCCUAAAUCCCAGGCACAACCAGUGUGCACAAAGGGUGGGCAGUGGCAGCUGUACAUAGCAGUGUCUUCUAGCUUCAGUGGUUUGUCGCACGUAAAUGGACAAUACGCAGAGUCAGUAAAAUUCGUGUAGCAGAGCUGUGCUGCAUGCAUAGCUAUGCCCAGAAAAUCCCAGCUGAAAACUGGGAGCCUGCUUUAGACGCCUUGCUGCCCACUGGAAGUCAGCGUGAUAGCCAGAGUGCUGGAGAGCUCAAGUUCAGCACACAAUGCCUGGAGGCCAAGUCAAGAAGCCAGCACAGCGAGCAACAAGUCCUAAAUAACCUCCUGUAAAAUGACCAAGCCCUGCUUGCAGCGUCAAUGCGGUACGUCAGUCAACUUGGGCUUCUCAAGCUAUGAGAUUGCUGGAAUCUGCUCAUUUAAAAAGAGAAAGGGUUGGGAGAGGCAGAAGCUGUAUGUAAACUAGGGUCCAUUACUUUCUGUAGUUCCAGACUCCCAAAGCACAGAUCUCCAGAUCAUGCAGGAGCUCUUUGGCCCCAGUCACAGGUCUGGGUUUCUUUUCAAGACAGGAUACAGAUGGUGGUACGCAUCCAGAUGUUGUCUUGAUCAGCAACAACACUUCACACACAUGCUUGGGAGCAAGGAAGAGCUCUGUCCUCCUGCUCAGACAGACCUAAAAGGAAUCUGACAGCUACGAUACUCACCUGGGAGAUGGAAGUCCUCGUUUUGCCUAAUUUGAAGCAGAGGACUGAAUUUCUUACAGAUGAGAAACAUGCUGUUGCCUCCAAGCUGUUGCAUAUUUUUAAGUAUCUCUAUCUAAAAUCUAUUUUUCCUUCCCAUUUAGUGUUCUGCAAGUCCGGAUAUCCACUUUGUCUUUGUGUACAUUCUAUAGCUGGUUGAUUUCUGGCAUUUUAUAACUCAUCUUUUGAAGACUGAAAAAUAUUGAAUGUGUUCUGUUUUGUCAUAAUUUACAGAAAUUGUAUUGAAAUUGUGUCUGUAUAAUGUGAAUUUCUGUAUACUGAAAUGAGAUGCUUUUUUUCUGAAAAUACACAGUGGGCACUAUCUGCCUUCUUGCAGCAUCACUUAAAAUUCA